AUGGCAAUCGUCGUAGCGAAGUCAGAAAAAGACUGUGUCCCCGCUCCAAGUCCUCGGCACAGCGGAACCUUGAAGUUAUUUUCACUUUUUAAUUCACUAAGGCCUCCGGUUAUACCUUUUCCUAUUCCCCCUUCGCCUCUGGUAACUCAUUUUACGUAUAAUGCUGUAAUGCAAUCUGUAUUGCUCAGCACUGGGUUAAACACACAGGACAGGUUGUGUAUCUUGAAGCGUCUCUUUUCUUAUUCUGCAGCAUCCACUAAGACACAUUCUCCGGGUUUAUACACUAUUCUCACAGACAAAAGAAGUACAUCAACCUUGGCAUAUAGGAGCUACGUACGCUACAGUGUCAAAACACAAGAGUGCACCAUAUUCGUUAGUGUGAAGACAAAAAAAGAGGAGAUCGAACGUCCGCAUCCUGUUGUUUGCAACACCAUUUAUGCCAGAAGCUCUCUGCAGGAUUUCAUUGCCGGCAUCCCAUGUUUCAUAUUCUAG